GAUCCUAUCCUUCCCCCAAAGCUGGAGCAACUCUGGUUGUGUACAAGGAUUUGCUAGUGCUCUUUGGAGGCUGGACGCGGCCAAGCCCUUAUCCCUUACACCAACCAGAGAGAUUCUUUGAUGAAAUACACACUUAUUCACCAUCUAAAAACUGGUGGAAUUGCAUUGUAAACCAUGGGCCACCUCCUAUGGCUGGCCACUCUUCCUGUGUGAUAGAUGAUAAAAUGAUUGUCUUUGGUGGCUCUUUAGGAUCCCGGCAAAUGAGCAACGAUGUCUGGGUCCUUGACCUUGAACAGUGGGCAUGGUCCAAACCGAACAUCUCCGGUCCCAGUCCUCAUCCCCGAGGUGGCCAAUCUCAGAUUGUCAUAGAUGAUACAACUAUCUUGAUUCUUGGAGGGUGUGGCGGUCCCAAUGCUCUGUUCAAGGAUGCUUGGUUGCUGCAUAUGCACUCAGGUCCUUGGGCCUGGCAGCCACUCAAAGUAGAAAAUGAAGAUCAUGGGGCCCCAGAAUUGUGGUGUCAUCCAGCCUGCCGGGUGGGACAGUGUGUAGUGGUCUUCAGCCAGGCUCCUAGUGGGAGAGCCCCCCUCAGCCCCAGUUUGAACUCUCGCCCAUCACCUAUCAGUGCCACUCCUCCAGCUCUGGUUCCUGAGACGCGAGAGUACCGCUCCCAGUCUCCAGUGAGGAAUAUGGAUGAAGCUCCAUGUGUUAAUGGCCGCUGGGGAACACUGAGGCCCAGGGCUCAAAGGCAGACUCCCUCAGGUUCCCGGGAAGGGAGCCUCUCCCCAGCCAGAGGAGAUGGCUCCCCUAUCCUCAAUGGUGGGAGUUUGUCUCCAGGAACAGCAGCUGUUGGUGGCACUUCCUUGGACAGUCCUGUGCAGGCCAUAUCUCCAGGUACUCCAUCUGCCUCUGAAGGAUAUGACCUAAAAAUGGGACUUUCUUUGCCCCCACGGCGAGGCUCGCUACCAGAUCAGAAGGAUCUGAGAUUAGGGUCAAUAGAUCUGAAUUGGGACCUGAAACCUGCUUCCAGUAGCAAUCAUUUGGAUGGUCUGGACAGCAGGACAGUCGGGGAUCUGAGACACCCUCCAGAACAGACCAAUGGUGUACAUACGCCACCUCACGUGGCCAGUGCCCUGACUGGGGCUGUGUCCCCCGGUGCCCUGCGUCGGAGUCUGGAAGCCAUCAAAGCAAUGUCAUCUAAAGGCCCUCCAGCCUCUGCAGCACUAAGUCCUCCUCUUGGGUCUUCUCCAGGCUCCCCUGGGAGCCAGAACCUGAGCAGUGGAGAAACGGUGCCCAUCCCUCGCCCAGGGCCAGCUCAAGGUGAUGGCCAUUCCUUACCUCCUAUUGCCCGCCGCCUGGGCCACCACCCUCCACAGUCCCUCAAUGUUGGCAAACCCCUGUAUCAGAGUAUGAACUGCAAGCCCAUGCAGAUGUAUGUGCUGGACAUUAAAGACACCAAGGAAAAGGGACGAGUCAAAUGGAAAGUAUUUAAUAGUAGUUCUGUGGUCGGACCUCCUGAAACCAGCCUGCAUACAGUGGUGCAAGGCAGGGGUGAGCUGAUCAUAUUCGGAGGACUCAUGGACAAGAAGCAGAAUGUGAAGUACUAUCCAAAAACAAACGCCCUGUACUUUGUGAGAGCAAAGAGAUAAUGUGCUCAAAACCCCUUUCCCUUUCUUUGACUUUUAAUUCAGAAUUUUCCAGUGUGCAAGCAUUUGGACUGAGAAUUGGGAAAACUACAGCAUUCCUCCCAUAUACCAAAACUAAACUCUGAUUUCCCAACCUAACUCACUUAAGGCUGGGAUCAAAUCUCCAUUAAGAAAAAUUAUAUAUAAAUAUAAAUAUAUAUAUAUAUAUAUAUAUUAUAUCGCCAACUCUGUUUACAAAAAGGGAGAGGUUUCCAUCCUGGUUCAGAUAAAAUUAUUGCUGUGUUUUAGUAGAGACUGUGCUGCCUUUUUCUACUUUGCUGGUAACUAGACCAAGAAAUUAGGGAACAGACUAACAGCAGUAACUUUCCAAAAGAAACUGAAGAGCCCCCUAUAAAUCUUAUGUGGCCUUUUCAGAAAACGGACAGGCUUAGCUAAGAUGCAAAGGAGGAAGCAUCAGACCCCGUGCUGCAGGGUAAAAGUAACUUGAAGAAAACCGUCCUUCCCCUUCUCUUUAAAACCACAAAGGACCUGCCACAGCUCUGCAGGUGUGCCUGUGCCUGCUUCCUUCUGCCCUCUGUGACUGCAGGAAAUCACCCAAGAGAUUUUGUCCACACAUGCCAGGAUCAUGGUGAAAUAGUGUUUGUGGAGUUGACAUCUGCCUCCCUAUUGUCCAUUGGUCUUUUGAGUGCUCCCUACAUAUCUCAGAAAACAUUUGGUAUCUGAUUGUGGAAUUUUCUGACAAUCGCCUUUGGUUGCAAGUUGCCAAAAAGCAUAUUUGUUCUCCUUUUCCUUUUAGAAUUGGUCCUCAGAGGCUGCUUUUGCCUUUUCCAUUUUUAGACUGCAUGUCCCCCUACCUGUCCCAUGUUGGGUUGUUUUUCGUUGUUGUUUGUGUAUGGAUUUUUUUAAGCCCUGAAACUUUUUCUCACUUUCUUUUACAAAACUCAGGUGUCUACAGAAAUCAGAUGCUUGUUAGAAAUGUUUUUGGAACCCUUUCCUUGGUAUUACUUGGGACCUAGUAGGAAUCCUAAAUGACAGUAUUGUGGGAAAAAAAUCCCUGCAUCAAAAGACAUUUUUUUCCUCUGUGAACUUCAAACCACCCCCUCCCCAGACAUUUACUAGUGUAUUUGCUUUGUUUCAUAAGCCUGUGGGCUUUUUAUUUCUAAUUUACAUGAGGCAAACUCAGUGUAGAAUGUAGAAAUUGAUCCUGGAUAGGAAUCAUGAUAACAGUUCUUUCCAGAAUUUUUUUUCUCUUGUGACUUGUGAUCUUCCGCCUUGACAGGUGACUAGGUCGAGUGUCUGUACUUGAUCUUCAUGACACAUGGCUGACCUGGGGAGCAGCUCCAUCCUUUGUGCUUGUUUUGUUCAUGUGUCACCCAAGCAAGGCUUGGGUUUUUAUUUUCACUUCUUUUCUCAGAUAAAGUAGAACAUUUCUUUGGUUAAGAUAGAAAGUUACAAGGCACUAGUCUCUAAACUGUGGCCUGGUCAUAGGGAUGUCAAAAUAAGUUUACGUCAAAUGGCACCAUUUAAAUACAGAUUUUUAGUGAUUUUUCAUCAUUGGAUAGAGGACUUUUAUUUUUGUUUUGCCUUUAAGAGUUCAAUAUCAAAUUAUCAUGUUUCCCAGCCCCACGCUCCCCUCUUCUUAACAUCUCCCCUUAGGCACAUGCUCACCACAGCUGGUCCCGGGUCCUGGCUCAGCCAGCACUUCAAAGUCUGUCUGAUAAGUGUGUGUCCUCUAUUACAUCAUGCCUAAUCUUUCCUCUAGAAAUUAGCUUUCCCAUCAUGGUCUUGGUAAGAAAACCCCCUGCUGCCAAGCCCAGGAGAGACCUCGCUUGUGGAGAGGGGUACAUGCUCCAGAAACUGCUUCUCAUGCUCCCUCAGAUGAGGAAACAUCCAGGUGCCUACUCCCCAUGGUGUUCCACUGCUCAAAGACAUGAGCUUGGCUUUUCAGACUCCCUGCUCUGUGGCUGUUACCAAUCCUUCUUUGGCCAAGACUGUUCAAUUCUGUGGGGUCCUGAUUACAAGGUGAAGCCAGCCCAGAGAUGAACAAUUUCAGCAUCAUUGCUGUUGCUGAGCUUUGUUUGCAGGGCCCUUGUGUUUGUGCAUGGAUAGUGUACCUCCAGACUUGGUUUCUACUUAAACACACAGUAUUUGGAAGCCUGAAAGUUCAGAAUCGCCACUUUCAUCUUUCCCUUUGUCCUAUGGCCUUCCUAAGCCAGCUAUUACCUAUUGAUUCCUUGUACUUUUCCCAUGUAGGCAGGCAGCAGAAACGUUGAUUCUUUUAGUAGAGAGCAAGCCAUUUCUAAACUCCGUGGCAUCCCAGUAUUAACCACACCGCUGGGAACCAGACUCCGUUUACAGACCUUUGAGAAAAAUUAAAAUGGGUCUGGUCUUCACACAGUGGUGCAGGUCUCAGUGGCUCCUGGGCACUUUGGACCUGUACUGUGGGAAGGUGAGUGGACAUAGUCAAGGUGAUUGUCUCCUCAGGCCCUUGUGAGACCACAGGCGUCUCAGCUGAGGUGAGCAUUCCUCCAGCACCAUCAGAGAAGGUUUUACCACAACUCCAUUUUUGAUGUGAUACUAAUUUUGUCCUAAAGUUCACUGAGAGACAUGAGACAAAAUGUUUUUUUAAACCCUCACGAGCACCUAAAGCAAAUACUUAUCAGUGUUUAAAUACAUCUUGUCUCUACUUGAGCUUUAACCCUUCCGUUCCUCAAGUGUGCCUUUGAGCUGCUGGGUCGUACUGACUCCUCCAGUCACCUCGUUGACUGCCAGGUAAGAAUUUUAGUCUCUUCUACCCUCUUGGACAGAGCUUCCUGUUUCUCAUUUCACACAUCGUGCAGCAGAGUGCAAUCUGUAUUUUCAUUCUUUUAUCCACCCUUCUUCCACACUUGGGUGGUAGGUAGGCUCCACAACCCAUCUCCUUCCCAUUUUGGGACCACUAAUUGGGUAUCAAAACAACCUUAAAUUUCGUUUUAAAGAGUAUUGAGCUCACUCUCCUCCCAGCCCUCUGUGGGUUGGUUUGCUUUUAAUGUUUGAGCUGAAACUAUGAACUAUCGAGAAACUAUGUUGGAACUCUAAAGAAGAGACGAGGAGGAAGAAAGAAAACCAUUGUAAGAAGUCUUGACUUUGGAGGAUAGAAAGCCACUGGCCAGCCGAGAACAAAAGGAAAGUUCACUCCCCUUCACCUUGUCUGUUUGGGUUCCUUCUGCUUCACUUUUUUCCUUCCCUUUCAAAGUAGUAUAUCUGGUGGGUUUGUCUGUCUAUCCUUGUCCUGUGGUGAUCCUGGCAUGGUGAUGUGCUCUGCUUUGCAUUAUCUGUGGCCUCUCACCAGCACACAAGUCAGUGGGGAGGAUGUGAACGUGGCCAGGACAAGGAAGCUUGUGCUGUGUGCACCUCCCCUUGAACUGUCCAUGGUGUGUUCUGUUUGUCACCAUGUUUGCUGUGAGUGAGAGCAAACCUAGGUGUCAGCUCUAUUGUACUCCCUCUACUGGUUCUGCCCCCUUCCCACCAACCAGGGCUCAUGUCAGUGCACGCCUACUGUGCCCUGGUGAAUGAAGCUGGUGCUGAGUGAUGUUUCCCAUACAACUUAGGGGUGCCAGGUAACUUACCCUGGCACCUAACAGUGUAGGAAUGAAAAAUGGAUUCCAUGGAUAUUCAGAUCUCUGUCAACUUCAUUUUUUGUUAAUGUUUCCCCUGAUGACUUUUUAGCAACUUAACAAAUAAAACAAAAUGGACCGAAUUGUCUUAGCUGUUUUAUUAGUACAGGGAAGAAAAGAAUCACUGAGACACAGAAUAGUUGUAGAGAUGGUCCUCUCCUCUUAGAUGGUCGUGUUUGUUGGGAGAGUAAAAGCAGCCCUUUCCUGGGACAAACUUCAGCUGUUUUCAUCAUGCAUGAGGAGCAGAUCCUCAGUGCCACCCGGUGAUGAACCCAAGGGAAUAAUGAGCUUGGAGCAGAGCCCCAAGAGCCAGAACAUCUGCACCUUCUCUGGCCACCUAAGCAAAGAUGAGGACACAGGGCACAGAUCUUAAAGCAGCCUGCUUCCCUUGAGGCUUAAUCCUGUCUCCCCUGUUUACUACUUCCCCCAAUAAACAUAUAGGUAGUAGCUUCUACCCUAUAAAUGAAGAGGACUAACAGAGUUAUAUAUGCAGUAUGCUAGCA